UAUAUAUAUCAAGCUAACUUUAGAUUCAAUAAUUACCUGUGAACCCUACACUCCCAACGACACAAGCAGCCGCAGAUCAGCAUCGAGCAAUCACAGUACAGCAUCAACCACCCGCAACCCAGCAUCAAGAAAAUGCCGAAAAUGACUAGAGACAGACCAAUCGUUAUACGGGAAAAUUAGGAUCUAAUAGACAACCUGAUGACAGUAGAAUUCCGUCAAAAGGAAAUAUUCAUUUUCUAUAAUAAUCCAAUGGGAUGUGAAAAGGAUAACAUGCUCACGCAGUUAGUUCUGGAGGGUUAUCUGGAACCGGGGUAUUUCAAAUUCAUUUAUGACGAUGUUCAGGGCAACACCAUAACGAAAUCUGAUUGGGAUCGUUAUACUAUGAAGGCUGGACCAUACAGCAUUGUAAUUCUUUUCAAUGAAGGGCACACCCUAGGCACGGCCAGGGUCACCAUUAAUUUAGAAACCAAAUUUGUAAACUUUAAAAUAGAAGGGUCCGAAACAACUAUGUGUUGAAAGAAAAAAAAUUAUUAAAAAUAAAAAAAAAAAAAAUAAAAAAAAAAGGUUUUAGACGAAUACAAAAUAGAAAGAAUGUGUAACCCAUGUACUCCACCCUACACACACAUAUAUAUGUAUUAAGAUAUAUAUAAGGAAAUUAUAGAAUUAAUUUAGGGAACGUCUGUUUCCAGAUAAACGAUGAUGAUAGCGAUCGUACUUAUUUUACUAUUACCCACAAGGGCAUUGGGCCUGGUUGGUUACGAUUGCGGUGGGCCGAAUCUUAAUAUAUCAACUGUAUCCCUUAUUGACGUCGGAGAUUGCGAUAUCCCGGACGUAAACCCCAAUACAACGAGCCCUUAUAUCCAAUUACUCCAGCUGGCAAAAUACGAACAUAGUAUGGUCACGCAAUGCAGCGUGAAGAUACACCGAAAUAUCUUUUACUGUGGAAUGCAUUCUCACUUAUCGGGGGUGCCAAACGGCGUUGCGCGAUAUAUAUCAGAGGUUAGCCAGGACUCAUGCAAAGAGAUGCAUCGAACCGAAAUAUUUUACUACAACAGGGAAAACCAAGUCUCCGGAAUAAAACCAAACUCCUCUACCACAGCCAGUAUCACCUUGGCGGGGAAAAUUCAACCAGGAGGAUACUGUGAGGGAACCCAAUAUGCAGACCCUUACGGAAGCUGGGAUGACGUAGUUGUACAAGCGGCAGUGACGAUCAGUCUAAGAACGUACCGAGCCUCGGUAAAUUUGGAGAAUAACAAAUUAUAUCUUCGAUCAGGAACUACGUGCACCUACAGCGACGAAGCAUGUGUCGAUGUUGACGGUGGCCACACCUUUUGGACUACCUUACCCCAGGAGAACUGUCGGUUCAACCAAUACGAUGUACUCUAUGAAGGAAUUGGAAAUAAAAUAGAAGAUCCAACAUCUAACGAUAAAAUUAUAAUGUAUACCGUGACAGCAGGCGAUGUGACGUUCGCUUUAACAAAACGAGGAGAACAACAUUUAUGUGGAUAUACCAUGAUAAAAACCGAACAUCCCAAAUUGAUAAUUGUAGAAACAAGGAGGGAGGAAGCGGUACCUGCCCGAAGGAAGCUUGCAGUUGAGAACCUCGACAUGUUUGCCUAUGUCAACUCCAAGUUCGUUUAUGUUGAGCGGCACGUGCGUACGCAAAUGAAUCAGCUGUACAAAGAUAUACUAGUACAACGGUGUGAGUUAGAGAAACAAGUAUUACGCAACUCAUUGACCACAGCUACUUCUUCGCCCGACGAAUUCGCUUAUCACCUGAUGAAAGGACCCGGCUACAUGGCUCUCAGUGCCGGAGAGGUGGUGCACAUUGUCAAAUGUAUACCUGUGGAAGUACGCGUACUCAGAACCAGGGAGUGUUACAACCAGCUACCCGUGGAAAAAGGAAAUGAAACAAUGUUCCUUCCGCCAAGAACCCAUGUGCUAGUCAAAACUGGCACCCAAGUAAAUUGCAACGAAUUCCUUCCGCCUAUGUAUUUUCUCAUCGAUGGAUGGUACAAACUCUUACCUAACCCGGUAAAAAGCAUACCACCUACAGUGAUGGAACCCCUGACGAAACCUACAUGGAAAUAUACCAACCCGGGAGAGUUGGCAACGAGCGGAAUCUACGCCAGCGAAGAUCUGGAAAAUUUACGCGAACGCAUCAUGUUCCCCGUGGAGAGACCAUCUGUCCUACACACCAUAACUCGAAGAGCCAAUGGACAACCGACUGUACGACAAGGACUCUCUAUGCUAAAUCUACUUGACGAAAAAGCCCUGGAGAAUAUUGCAAAAACAACCUGGAGCAAGAUUUGGUCCUCUUUUACGUCAUUUGAAUCUAUUGCCGCCGGAGGUAUUGGGAUAUAUUUCAUAUUUCAACUAAUCAAACUCAUUAUUGAUACUCUUGUGCACGGGUAUGCCUUGCAUACCGUUUAUGGGUGGUCAAUCCACUUGAUCGGAGCCUUAUGGGCAUCAGUCGCGUCACUGCUGAUCCAUCUAGGAAGAACGCCACGUGAAGGAAGAAGAACCUCUGAGGAAGACGAAGAAUUAGCCUCUGCCCCUCCUCCACUGAUUACGAAAGAACCCGAUGUAUCCUCUGUAACCGUAUACCAACCAGCUGUUGAUUCUAUAGAAGACCUGCAGAAGCGUCUCGCGGCACGUCAAAUGCCAAACACACGUUUAACAUUUGAAACUGAGGGGGGAGGUGUCACAUCCCGCGACCACAAAACACCCCCCCACCAAUAUUAAUCACUUAAAUUUUUCGUAAUCAUCAUGGUUUAUCGAAGAGAUUACCUAUUGUAUUAUAUAUAGACAUAUUUACAUCAUUAUACCAUAAUUUUAAUUCUUUAUUAAGAAUAACCCACCAAGGGAUUAUACCUAUAUAUACCUAUAAUCAAGUUAGUUAAGAUGCCAAACACCAUAGGAUUCAAAUGCAUUUAUUAAGUCUGGUGCACAAACGCACACCAGCGUUAUACUUCAGCAUACGUGUUCCUUACGCAUGCGUAUCUUUUAAUUUCAUAGGAACUCAGCGAGAUACUCCGCCUAAGGAGUAGAGGUGGCUAAAAUUGUUUAUGUUAUCUGCCACCUCCAUGGUUCACAGCCUCCUUCCAAGACCCUUUUCAUAAGGGGAAGUUGCGGGUCUCUCCCCAUGGCCCACGCGGACUUAUAAAAGCUCCUGCAACAGAACUAGGGACCACUACUACACAGAAUCUUUUUUUCGAGUCACUUCUAAAAUCAUCAGUUAACUUUUGACCUCUGACAAAACGUCGUUAGCUCUGGCCAAAUUCGCCAUCUAAAACUUAGAAUACCGUAGCUCGUACAAACGCGAGUGAUCCUUUGAACAUUUAGCUAUCCUUACAUUCCUUUUUAUUAAUUAACAUACUUGGUGUUGGCAUCGUUAUCAUAAUUUUAUCAUUAUCAUUAUUUUGCUAUUAUCAUUAGUUGCAUCGCUUGUGAAGUCAUUUUAUUUGCCAUUUUCUAAUUAUAUUCUUAAUAAUUGCUUGAGACUUUAA